CGCCUGGUGUCGGAGGACGGCCGGCAGCAUUUUGCCUUAGAGCGCGGCUCCGGCCGCCUGCUCGUGGCGGGGAGGCUGGACCGGGAGGAGCUGUGCGGCCAGUCCGCCACCUGCAUGCUCCCCUUCGAGCUGCUGCUCUCCAACCCCCUGCAGUUCUUUCGGGUCGAGGUGGCUCUGGAGGAUAUCAAUGACCAUUCACCCGUCUUCCCCGAGGAACGAGUGACUUUGGACAUCCCUGAAACGAGCAACCCUGGUUCGCGUUUCCCUUUGGAGGUGGCUCAGGACCUCGAUAUUGGCAGCAAUACAGUGCAGGCAUACAGCAUCUCUCCCGAGAAUGAAUAUUUUAGUGUUGCCUAUGGAAGUCGGAGUGAGGAUGACAAAUAUGUUGAACUUGUUUUGGAAAAGCCACUAGACAGAGAGGAGCAUGCUGAGAUAGGUUUCAGUCUUAUUGCUGUAGAUGGGGGCUCUCCCCCUACGACUGGGACAACCGAAGUGAAAAUUGUCAUACUAGAUGCAAAUGACAAUGCUCCCAUCUUCACACAAGAGCGUUAUUUUGGAAAAGUCCUGGAGAACAUGCCAGAAGGGUCUGUAGUUUUAACGGUGCUGGCAAGAGAUCAGGAUGCAGGAGUUUAUGGGGAAAUUUCCUACCAAUUUAGCCAAGCAGUGGGACAGAACAAUUCAGCAUUUGUGAUUGAUCCCAUAACGGGUGAAAUUAAAAUCACAAAACCUCUGGACUAUGAGGAAGCAGAGACUUAUGAACUGCGUGUGAGAGCCAGAGAUGGUGGGGGACUCUCAGCCAUCUGCAAAGUGCUGGUGGAGGUGGUGGAUGUGAAUGACAAUGCCCCAGAGGUGGUGGUCAGCUCCUUCAGCAGUCCCCUCCCCGAGAACACAGCGCCCGGCACGGUGGUUGCCCUGUUUACGGUCAGGGACCGGGAUUCUGGGGCCAACGGGAAGAUCUCGUGUGGCCUCGAGGAUCAGCUCUUCUUCUCGCUGCGGCCAGCCUAUAAGAAUUACUAUGAGCUGGUGACAGUGAGCGCGCUGGACCGCGAGGAGACGGCUCGCUACAUCCUCAGGGUGACGGCGGCAGACGCGGGGUCGCCUCCUCUGACGAGCACGCAGACCUUCACCGUGGACAUCUCGGAUGUCAAUGACAACGCCCCCGUCUUCAACCAGACGUCGUACACCAUGUACGUGCGUGAGAACAAUGUGCCCACGGUGUUUGUUGGAGCCGUCAGCGCUGCCGACGCUGACGUGGGGCUCAAUGGCAAGGUGAGCUAUUCGCUGGCAGCGGUGCAGGCGGCAGAGGGGCCUUGGUGCUCGUGCGUGUCUGUGAACUCUGAGAACGGGCACGUGUUUGUGCUGCGGCCCCUGGACUACGAGCGCUUGAGGCAGACGGAGGUGACGGUCAGUGCCUCUGACGCGGGCUCUCCUCCCCUCAGAGCCAACGUCAGCGUCCGCCUCGUGGUGCUGGACGAGAACGACAACGCCCCGCUCGUGCUGUACCCAGGCCAGGACAGCAGCCCAGCGUCCAGUGAGCUGGUGCCCGUGUCGGCCGAGGCGGGCUACCUCAUCACCAAAGUGGUGGCCGUGGAUGCCGACUCCGGGCAGAACUCGUGGCUCUCGUACCACCUGCUGAGGGCCAGCGAGCCAGGGCUGUUCACGGUGGGUGUCCACAGCGGGGAGGUGCGUCUGAGGAGGCCGGUGACGGAGAGAGACAGCGUGAGGCAGAAGCUCCUUGUCCUGGUCAGAGACAACGGCAAGCCGCCCCUGUCGGCCACGGCAGCUGUGAGCGCGCUCCUGCUCAAGGACUUGUCAGACGUGCGCCUCCCCGGGCACAGCAGCCCGGCGCCAGAGGAUCAGGCUGGCUCCCUCACCACCUAUUUAAUCAUU